CAUUAAAAAGUGAAUUGAAGUAGUUGAGAUUCGUUUAGGCAAGGUUUCAUUUUCAUGUUCUUUUUGGUUCACGUUGAAAACUCGAGCAUAAGCAUAUGAAUCAAUUAAGAACCACAGUCGUUGACCUUAACAUAACCAUCCCAGAAGAAGUUGUUUUGGUACUUUCACUUUCCUUCUGAAUCAGACAGAGUUUAAUGGCGUGUGAGGAAGUGGCUCAUUCGAGGCCUCUGUUCCUCACGAUCUACACCGUUGUCAUCGUUGGCAUCGUCUUUUCCUCUCUCUACAUCUUCUCCGCCAUACGCUACUCUUCCACCAACCCUUCUGCUUGGUCCCUUUCAAAUGAGGAUGCUAGUCCUGCAGAACAAAUGCUCAACGGUUCUCAAUCAGCAACUGCGAAUGUUGUGCCCCCUCCUCCCCAGGAACCACGGAAUGUGUGGACAAGACCUGUUUUGGAUGCUCCUCCACGAAAUAAAAAGAUGCCAUCUUUGAAGGCUUUCCAAUUGACCAAAGAACUGGUUCAGCAAAGGGUGAAAGACAACAUUAUAAUAGUGACCUUUGGUAACUAUGCAUUCAUGGAUUUUAUUUUGACUUGGGUUCAACAGUUGAAUGAUCUGGGACUGUCGAAUUAUCUUGUUGGAGCAAUGGAUACCAAGUUAUUGGAGGCACUUUAUUGGAAAGGAGUACCAGUUUUUGACAUGGGCAGCCAUAUGAGUACCGCAGAUGUCGGCUGGGGCUCUCCAACAUUUCAUAAAAUGGGGAGAGAAAAAGUUAUACUAAUAAACUUGAUACUACCUUUUGGUUACGAGCUGUUGAUGUGCGAUACUGACAUGGUUUGGUUGAAGAACCCACUUCCAUAUCUUGCUCGUUAUCCUGGAGCAGAUGUUUUAACAUCCAGUGAUCAAGUUGUACCAACAGUUGUAGAUGAUAGGCUGGAAAUUUGGCAAGAAGUUGGUGCCGCCUACAACAUAGGAAUUUUUCAUUGGAGACCUACAGAAUCUGCAAUAAAAUUGGCAAAGGAAUGGAAAGAACUGCUUCUAGCUGAUGACAAGAUAUGGGAUCAGAAUGGUUUUAAUGAAAUUGUACACAGACAAUUAGGACCAUCUGUUGAUGAGGACAGUGGACUUGUUUAUGCUUAUGAUGGAAAUCUAAAGCUGGGAAUUUUGCCUUCAAGUAUCUUCUGCAGUGGACAUACGUAUUUUGUCCAGGCUAUGUAUCAGCAACUCAGAUUGGAGCCAUAUGCUGUGCACACAACAUUUCAGUAUGCAGGCACUGAAGGAAAGCGCCAUCGACUGCGAGAAGCCAUGCUUUUCCGUGAUCCACCAGAAUAUUAUAAUCCUCCUGGGGGUUUCUUGUCAUUCAGGCCAUCUAUUCCAAAAAGCUUGUUGCUAAGUGGAAAUCACACCAUUGGAUCACAUUUCACGCUUGUUAAUUACCAAAUAAAACAGAUUAGGACAGCACUUGCAAUUGCUUCCCUUCUGAACAGAACACUGGUCAUGCCACCACUAUGGUGCAGGAUUGAUAGGCUCUGGUUUCCCCAUCCUGGUGUUUUGGAGGGGUCUAUGACUAGACAACCUUUUCUCUGUCCUUUGGAUCAUGUAUUCGAGGUGAACGUCAUGUUGAAAGAACUCCCAGAGGAUGAGUUUGGCCCUGGAAUAGAUAUUAGAGAGUACUCAAUACUUGAUAAUCCCUCCCUCCCCUCAGAGGUGAAAUCAUCAUGGCUUGAUGUUCAGCUCUGUAAGGAAGGAACCCAAGAUUGUUUUGCAUCAUCAAAUAAUACUGAUGUUGGAGGAGUACUCAAAUUUCCAAAGCACAGCAAUGAAGAAACGUACAUGAAAGUGUUUUCAUCAUUCAAGGAUAUAAAAGUGAUCCAGUUCUCUUCAAUGCAAGAUGCUUUUACCGGUUUCAUUGACAAGGAAAGGGAAGAUAAAUUCAGAAACCGUGUUAAACGGUAUGUGGGUAUAUGGUGCUGCGUGCUAGAACACACACCUGGUCACAUAUAUUAUGAUAUGUACUGGGAUGAGAAACCUGAAUGGAAGCCAAUCCCUCCUCAAACUUCCGCGGAUGAUCAUCCACCUUGGUGAGGUCAACUUCAGGAUGAUUUUUGUUAUAACACUACGGACAGAAGACACGUGAAAGAUAUUUAAUUGAAGGUGGUUUAGUUUCCAAAUCAUUGCCAAGACCAAGAUUUUUACUCAAGUAAAGAAUCUGUAUCCACCUUGAGGACGUUGGUUGUUAUAGAGAUGAGGCAAAGUGGUUCUUGUGUAACAAUGGGAUGGGAAGAACACGUUUUGUAUCAAGUUUCCAGCAUUGCAAAUCAGAGAAAUUGAAGCUGUUUCUUAGAUAAGGUUGCAGUUUUUUUAAUGUUUAUGAGUCAGUCCAUAUUGAAUUGCUUGUAAUUGAAAAAAAAAAAAAAAAAACUGGAGACAUCCAAAUGUACCACUCUUCCCCUUUAUUUCA